AUGGUGGGCUGUGUGCCCGCCUCUGCAGCAGGCAGCACAGCAGCACAAUUUCAAUCAGCAGUUGGCCACCGUUUUACAAAGUGCACCUCUAAAGUCACAUCCUCUUCCUCCUCUUCCUCCUCACCCUCCUGCUCUUCAUCCUCUUCCUCCUGCUCUUCCUCCUCUUCCUCCUUACCCUCCUGCUCUUCCUCCUCUUCCUCCUCUUCCUCCUGCUCUUCAUCCUGCUCUUCAUCCUCUUCCUCCUGCUCUCCAUCAUCUUCCUCCUUACCCUCCUGCUCUUCAUCCUCUUCCUCCUCACCCUCCUGCUCCUCCUCCUCACCCUCCUGCUCUUCAUCCUCUUCCUCCUCUUCCUCCUCAACCUCUUCCUCCUCUUCCUCCUCACCCUCCUGCUCUUCAUCCUCUUCCUCCUCACCCUCCUGCUCUUCCUCCUCUUCCUCCUCACCCUCCUCCUCUUCCUCCUCUUCCUCCUCUUCCUCCUUACCCUCCUCCUCUUCCUCCUGCUCUUCCUCCUCUUCCUCCUCACCCUCCUCCUCUUCCUCCUCAACCUCCUCCUCCUCUUCCUCCUCACCCUCUUCCUCCUGCUCUUCAUCCUCUUCCUCCUCACCCUCCUGCUCUUCCUCCUCUUCCUCCUCUUCCUCCUCACCCUCCUGCUCUUCAUCCUCUUCCUCCUCACCCCCCUGCUCUUCCUCCUCUUCCUCCUCACCCUCCUGCUCUUCCUCCUCUUCCUCCUCACCCUCCUCCUCUUCCUCCUCUCCCUCCUCACCCUCCUGCUCUUCAUCC